AUGCUUUUCGAUAACGUCUAUGUGUUGGCCAAACAGGGCGUCAACAUAUACUGGGGUCGACCGGACGGUCUGGCCCUACACCUGCGCGAGUGCGGUAUAACCACCGGCACCGCCACCACCACAACCACCCCAUCCAUCACCAGCGCAGUAGAUAUCUGUGAUAACGACACCGAACCGGACAUACAGUUCCCUAUAGAAGUGCUACUGAAAUACUCGUCCAAAGCCGUGACCACCGAUGAACGGGUGCAACGGUUGGCGGCAAAAACCGGUCAACUCAGGCAUGGGUUACGGCGACAGUGCGCCGAAGGGGCGAUGCAUUUGACGCCCGGUUUUACCAGAAAUCGUAGCAAACGUUUCAAUUUUCCCGACUUUUACCACCUGUUGUUACGACACUCGCUAUACACCUACGUGUGUCAGUGGCGACCAUUAGUGGCACAGAUUGUUUUCUACAUACUGUUCCUCCUGUGCCUAACCUUUGCGUAUAAUAGAGAUAUUGGUAAAAUUGAUGGGUGCUCUGUGAAUGGCACCCAGUUUAAUCAAACAUGCCAGGAGCUGGAACAUAGCAUGGGCAUUAUGGAACAGAAUUUGUAUCAUCAGUAUAUUGCAUCCGUGUCCAUUUUUACACUACAUACGGCCAUUUCUACCUCGUUUUUCUUGAGCGAGAUUAAAGUGUUUACAUCCGAACACCAGAAUAAAUGGUACGGCACGGGGUCGUACUACUGGGCCAAAACACUGGUCGAGCAAAUACUGUCGAUAAUAUUUGCCUACAUCUACACAAUAAUCAUGUAUAUCAUAAGCGGACAGAAACAAGAGAGCUCACGGUUUUAUAAAUACCUGUAUAUAUCGCUCAUGGCGUUCAUGUGCUCGCAAACGCUCGGCUCAAUAAUCGGGCUCAUUUGCCACCGGAACGCCCGACUGGCCCUAUGCGUGGCCGUAGCCAUCUAUUUUCAGUGUUGUGAGAAGCAGUUCCUUAACAAAUACGAGGUUCGGGACCACAUGCGCCAACACACGGGCGACCGGCCAUUCAAGUGCGAGUACCCCGACUGUAACGGCGCGUUCGCCCGCAGCAAUACACUCACACAACACAUACGCGAAGUGCAUUACUAUAAGCGCCAGUACUUUUGCGACUACAGCGACUGCGGCGCCGACAGUGGUUACGAUACCGUCGAUCAACUCAAGGACCACAUCCGGCACAGGCAUCCCAAACACCCGACGGUCCCCUCCGUGGCCACUGUGUAG